UAUUGUGAGCUGGCAGUAAACACUGGGCUUGGUCUAUCUGACGCAAUAUUAGGAAUACAGACUGAAACAACGCCGCUAUAUUUUAAGACAACCAACGUCUGUGACUAAUGUUUUGUGAAAGUAGAAGAAGUGAUAUUAGUCCUGUAUCUGCUGUUUGUUUUCCAAAGAAUGCAUAUGUCUGCAAGAAGCUUGUGGAAACACGACCUGUACAAGAACUGAGUCUUGAAGAAUCUUGAACUACUGUCGCCUUUUCUCUCAGUUUUCUACGAAAUCCCUCCAUAUUGUUUACUGUUAAGGCACACAACAACCAACAUCACAGCAUGAGAAGCUUCUGAAGUGUGCUCGUGCUGAAUAUGAGAUACACAAGCAAUGCUGCCCAAUGUGUGCCCCUGACCGUGGUUUAAGAGUGAAUAAAGUAUGCACUCGGUCAUCAGAUACUGUUUGUGGGCCACUAGAGAGAUUCUACUGCAUUGAAAAAAAGAAAGACUGCUGUACUUUAGCUGUGCAACAUUCAGAAUGUAGCCCUGGACAAUAUAUAAAACAAGCAGGUACUGGCGCCACAGAUAAUGUAUGUGCUGACUGUACAGGUGACACAUAUUCAAACGGAUCUUUCUCAUCCUGUUUACAACACACAAUAUGUGAAGCCCUGGGACUUACUGAAACAAAUCCAGGAACACAUUCAUCUGACACCAAAUGUGGAAAUCCGUCUACAGUUGUAGCAAGAAUUACCCCUAGUGUUAUAGUUACUUUAAUAUUAAUUCCAGUAAUAAUUGUUUUCAUAUUUAAACACAUUCGGAAGAAGAAGCAAUCAAAAAGUUCAGGGAUACAGGAAACAGGAAAUGGUUUACAUGAAAACGAAAGUUUAAAAGUUGUUGGCGGUAGGAAAAUAGUUGAACCAUUUGAAACAGAAGAACAAGUCCUAACAACAUGCGAAUGACUACAGUUUCUACACUACUCAGAUAUUUCACUACAUCUACUGAAGGAGUUAUCAUGAUUGAAAUGUAGCAGUUUGAGCCACAGUCAUUGAAACAAAAGUCAAACAGCAUCAAAUGAUUUUGCCAUCUUCUAUUAAACAAUUACUAAUGAAAUACUGUGUGUGUCAAGCCUAAAAACAAAAGUAAUAUUGAAUGUAACAACAAUAAUUACAUGAGCCAGCAUAUUACCACUGCAUUAUCACUUUCUAUAAGACACUUGUUUACAGAAACAGUAUUUUACUGCUUUUGCACAAUAAAAUAUUUUUGUAAGGAUUACUUAAA